AUGCCUUACCGUAUUGAGGUUUCCAAGAACAACCGUGCCGGUUGCAAGGACUCGGUCUGCAAGAAGGAAGCAGUCAAGAUCACCAAGGGCGAGCUCCGUCUCGGAACAUGGGUUGAGAUCAACGAGCAUGGCGGCUGGCAGUGGCGUCAUUGGGGUUGUGUCUCGGGAGAGCAGAUCCUGAAUAUGCGCAACAUGCUCGAUAAGGACGGCACUGGCGACUAUCAGUGGGAUAUGCUUGACGGGUGGGAGGAGCUUGAAGAGUUCCCCGUGCUGAGGGAGAAGGUUCAGCGGGUUAUCACUCAGGGACACAUCGACCCCGAGGACUUCAAGGGCGACCCCGAAAUGAACAUACUCGGUCAGAGAGGCAUCCACUCCAAAAAGAAGAAGGCUAAGACGUCCGAGGACGACGAGGAGGAGGACAUCAAGCCUGCUGCCAAAAAGCCCGCCGCUAAGCGUGGCCGCAAGAAGGCCGAUGCCGAUGAGGACGAUGAGGAGAAGCCCCCUGCUAAGAAGGCCAAGAAGGCCGGAGGCAAAACUGCUACCGUCAAGAAGGAGGAAAGUGAUGUCGAGGAGCAGGAGGCCGAAGAGGAGAAGCCCAUUACCAAGGUCAAGGGCAGGGGUAAGAAGGCUGCUGCCGCCGUCAAGAAGGAGGAAAGCGACGCCGAGGAUGUCAAAGAGGAGAAGCUUGCUACCAAGGCCAAGCCUAGAACAAAGAAGGCCGCCGCCCCGGCAGUGAAGAAGGAGGAGAGCGACGCUGAAGACGUCGCGGCUCUUAAUGAGAUCCCUGCCAAUGAGGAGGAGCGGGCGAAGCCCGAACCUCCUGCCAAGAAGAAGGCCACCAGGGCUAGACCCCCGCGCGCAGCUCGCAAGGCUGCCAUCAAGGAGGAGAGCAGCGACAAAGAGGAUGAAGACGAAGAAGAGGAGAAGGAGGAGGAGAAGGAAGUCCCGAAGAAGAAGGGCAAGGCUGCCGCUGCCGCCAAGGGCAAGGGCAAGAAAGCGAAGAAGGCUCCUUCACCUGAACCCGAGUCUGAACACGAGUAUGCUCAGCAAAGCGAGGAGGACAACGAUGAUGACAAGGAUGUCAACGGGGAGUCUGAUGCGGCGGAGGUGAAGGAGGAGGAGAAGGAAGAGAAGCCUGGUCCGAAGGCGAAGAGAGGGGGCCGCAAGGCGGCUGCCGAGAAGCCGGCUGUUAAGAAGCGUGGUAAAAAGGCAUGAGAGGGUUGAAGCUGUUGAUGUUAUCUUUUUCGGUGUUGAGCAGCAGCAGCGAGCAGACCUGCCUAUGCAGUGCUUGUGUUAUGCGAUGCCAUGUGGUGCAGAGAGCGCGGCGGCGCAAGAUGCCAGUAAAUGUUCGCAUGAGUUUUGUUAUUUCGGUCAGAUAUCUCGAGACAUUCUCUCUUUCAGUCAAAGGGCUGGCUGGAUCUAGAAUAGUAUGUCAAAAUUCAGCGAGUGUAUUG